CAGCGGCGCUUCCGCACGCCUCCCACACAGGGUAUGAGGAGUAUUUGUGGGUGAAAGCGAGUGGCCAGUCUGGCUCAGUUCCCCAGCCCAGACAGCGCUUCGACAGCCCAGAGAGACCAGCAAUCUGCAGCCCUGCAGGACACUUCGCUCUCCUGGGAGGUUUGAAGGAUGUUUGACUCAGUGAAGCCUUACGGAAACCAGGAUUUCUAUGCCCUGAAGAGGGAGUGCCAACGACGCAACCAGCUUUUCGAAGACCCCUUGUUCCUUGCCGACGAUGAAUCCCUGUUCUGUACGACAGCGCUGCUGUCCAAUGUUCGCUGGAAACGCCCAACUGAAAUCUGCAACAGCCCUCACCUCUUUGUGGAUGGGAUGAGUGCCCAUGACCUGAACCAGGGCCAGUUGGGUAACUGCUGGUUUGUUGCUGCUUGUUCCUGCUUAGCCUCCAGAGACGCUUUGUGGCAGAAGGUCAUCCCGAACUGGAAGGAACAGGAAUGGGCAGUGGACAGACCCAACAACUAUGCUGGGAUUUUUCACUUCCGCUUCUGGCGUUUCGGAGAAUGGAUUGAUGUUGUGGUUGAUGAUCGCCUGCCUACAGUCAAUGGUCAGCUGAUCUACUGUCACUCCAAUUCCAAGAAUGAAUUCUGGAGCGCGCUGGUGGAGAAAGCUUAUGCCAAGCUAGCUGGCUGCUAUGAAUCUCUGGAUGGAGGGAACACUGCAGAUGCCUUGGUGGAUUUUACUGGUGGGGUCUCAGAACCGAUCGACCUGGUUCAGGGGAACUUCAGCACCUUGGAGGAUCAGAGGCUGCAACUGUUUGAGAAGCUCCUGAAGGUGUUCAGCCGUGAGGGCCUCAUCAGCUGCUCGAUCAGGGUAUCAUCAGCUGCUGAGAUGGAAACUCGCCUGACCACUGGCCUGGUGAAAGGCCAUGCGUACGCUGUGACUGAUGUCCGGAAGGUACGGCUGGGCCAUGGCCUCUUAGCUUUCUUCAAGGCAGAAAAGCUCUUCAUGAUCAGGAUGAGGAAUCCGUGGGGUCAGAAGGAAUGGAACGGGCCAUGGAGUGACAGCUCCCAGGAGUGGCAGAAGGUCAGCAAAGGAGAGCGCGAGUCUAUGGGUGUCACCGUGCGGGAUGAUGGGGAAUUCUGGAUGUCGUUUGACGAUUUCUGUGCGAACUUCACAGACCUCGUUGUCUGCCGUAUCAUCAACACCUCCUUCUUCAGCUUCCACAAGACCUGGGAGGAAGCCAUGAUAAAGGGCUCAUGGACCAGGCACGAGGACCCUCUGAAAAAUCGUGCUGGAGGCUGCAUCAAUAACCGCGACACCUUUCUGCAGAACCCACAGUAUGUGUUCGAUGUCAAAAAGGAAACAGACGAAGUGUUAAUUUGCCUUCAACAGAAAGACAUUCGUUACACUCGAAAGCAGGGCAGAGGGGAAAAGCUCUCAAUGGGGUUUGAGGUCUAUAAGGUGGAGCUGAACCGUAAUUAUAGGAUGCACACCAUUCAGCAGAGAGUGGCCAGCUCUGUCUACAUCAACUCCAAGACCAUCUUCUUGCGGGAACAGCUCCCUCAGGGACGCUAUGUCAUCAUCCCGACCACCUUCGAGCCGGGCGUACAGGGCGAGUUCUUACUGAGGAUCUUCACCGAUGUGCCAUCAAACUUCAGGGAACUCACUCUCAAUGAGCCACCUCGGACCUGCUGGUCUGGACUGUGCGGGCACCCCAAGAUGGUGACUCAAGUUCACGUUGUUGCUGCAAGCGGAUUGGCCCAACAGGAUGGUGCGACAGGAGCCGAUCCAUAUGUCAUUAUCCGGUGCGGAAGAGAGAAGGUCCGGUCGCCUAUCCAUAAGAACACGGUGAAUCCGGAAUUUGACGUAAAGGGAAUCUUCUACAGGAAAGAUCCCAAACAGCCCAUCCGCAUUGAGGUCUGGAAUAACAACGUCCUGAGUGACCAGUUCCUUGGUCAAGUAACUGUGAUCACGGAUCCUAGUGACCUCCAGCCACAUCAUGUCCUUCACCUGAAGGACAAGAGUAACCGACAGGACAGUGAGUUCCCUGGGACUAUCAGCCUGAACAUCAGUAGCAGCCAUGAGCUGGCCGGUAUCUAAACGCUGCAAAAAAAAAUCAUCACCAUCGGAAAAAUGGAACAAUCGAUCAAGUCAGGGUUCGACCGGGGUCAUCUAGGAUCCAUGGAUAAGAAAUUUUAGGAACAGGAAAAGGCUCUCGGGAUCUAGGUCUGUCCCUAAAACCAAUGCCCCCUUCAGCCCCAUCGCUGUUACGGAGCCUUGUAUAGUUGCUUCUCAGUGCGAGGAACCUUUCGGGAGUGUAGGGCUGGGGUAUAAAGUGGGGCUGCCCCAGUAGGCUUUUCUCUGGUAAAUUUCCGCGUGAUGUCCCUUCUCGCUUAGCACCCUUUCCCAACGCACAAAGGUUACCGCUCAGACCAUGCGCCCCGGCGUUGCCCUACCCAACGGACGCUCCCAAAGACCAACCUGCUUGCUCAUUGGCAGGGCUUAACUGACACUUCAGACUCAAGCUCCACUUUGUGCCAAUCCCAGCAAGGGAACAAAGCAGGGAUUCCACGAUUAGUCUCAUCCCUGAUGCACACACUUCCAACCUUUUCCUCCUGCCCACUCCCUGAUACAUCGCACCCCUCCCACCUCCCACCACCCACCCCCCCCAACACGCACAACUUGGCCAAAAGGAAUGGGCAAGAAGGAAGAAAACUGCUGCGGUAGUUGUGACUGCUGGAAAGUUUGGCAUUCUUGCAUUCAAUCCUGAUGAGCAUAAGCAGCUGAUCACCAUCAAUAUCCAGUAUCACUCCCUCUCUCCUAGUGGACUGUUCAUAGCUUGACUCCCUUUCUUGGAGUUAGGGUAUGGCUCAGUUCUUACUCCUAUUUAAGCAUCAUUCAGCACCACCGUCCUCCAAGCAACAAGUUUUCUAACCUGCAAAUUAUCACUGUCCAGAGACUUAUACUGAUGACUAGGUCAUCAGGGGUAAAGAUGAUUAACAUUUGAUCGGUUUUGUUAGUUAUCGUUCUGUAAUACUAAUUUUGUAGCAUUGCUGAGGGACAAGUUUACAAAGAGUUUCAUCAUCCUCUCAUCAGGACAUGUGCAAGAAUGCCAAGUUUCAAACAAUCACAACAAUUUGUAUCACAGGAGAAAAGGAUGCUGGGAAGGAUAUUGCUCUGUCAGGAAUUGACUCGCUGCUGACUCCCCAAGCAAUCAGCGUCCUUUCCUCCUACAGUAUAAAUUGCGGUGACCUUUUGAAAUUUCGCAUUCCUGCAUUUAUCCAGAUGAGUGCAAGAUGAACAGUAUGUCUCCUUUCAGCAAUAUUCAAAUUCUAUGAUGACCAAUCAUUAAACUCUCUCUCUGAGCAUCAGCUGCUCUUUCAUUUUAUUUUCCCUCAGAGUUUCAGGACACUUCAUGAUGCACUUCCCGGCAUCAAUUCCUGUCACCCUCGCUCCCUCCCACCUUCCCUGUGGCACUCCGACUAUCCCUUUGGGCUUUCAUAAACCCUACUGCCUGCUGACCUUACUGCCAAAUGGUGAUUGGUUCCCAUUUGCCCUCUUCUCAAGCUUGGUGGUGUCUUGAGUCAAUGCUUUGACUCUCACACUCCUACCUGACACCAUGUCAGCAACCCCUGGGGUAGGGCUGUUUGUUGGGGCAGUAGAUGAGGGGGAAGCCAUUUUGUGACCUACGGGCCUUCUCUGAGAAUGCGCAUUUUGAGCACAUGAUCGCAAUUUAUACUGUAGCAUUUCUUAAAUCUGUUUUAUGAAAGAAAUAUUUUAGGACACUUUUUAAUCAAAAAAUUGCCUUAUCUUUUUAGUACCUUUUUCUCAAAAAAGAACUUUUUUUACAAACGCGGAAGUUUUUUUUGUGCCAAUUUAGAAAUGAUGGAAUGUCCUUAUUGAUGGGCUUGUGUUCAUAGCAAACAGUGGUGUAAAGGUUUGGUGCAAAGAAUGUGUGUAUAUAUAUGGAGGAAUAUUCCAAAUAAGUGUUCAAAAUUUGACAUCUUGUGAACUUGUAGUUCCUGCACACAAGCUCCUCUUCCUCCAUCCCCACAGAAAAUCUCCAGAGGAAGCUGCUGGGUUAUUUCUAAACCAUCCCUGAGAAUAAUCGGGGCCUUGGCUCUGUGCUCCCAGUCUGAACAGCUUGCCAUUCUGAGUCUUGGCUGACAGAAUGAUGAUUGGCCAAAUCCCCACAACCCAUGACCAGCAGCCAUCAGCAGGGAGUGCUUCAGAAGGGAAUCCAGGAGCACAGGAGAGUCUGCACACGCAUUCCGUUUAUAAAAGGGGUGGGGGAGCUUAGUGGAGUGGGGGAGUGAAGGGUUGUUGUUGUGGAGGAGGGCAUGGGUUGGGUGCGUGAUGUGUUGGUGAGACACUGAUACAGUGCAAGACAAGUUCUGAGCAACUGUGAAGAGUUAGGACUGUCUUCGAUGAUAGGAGAAGGUACCUGUGAAAGUUAGGGACCUGGGUGCUGUUUAUCACUUGCAGGGAUCAUCCCAGUAAGAACUGCAAAAAAAAGUCAUUAAUGUUCAUGAAAAUGAUUUAAAUCAACCCUAAACUUUGAGACUGUUAGAUGUGGAGCUACUAAUCUCAAUGAUUAAGAUCUUUUCAUCACAUAUUUUUAGUGUCAAAAUGAUGAUAUAUGGCAAUAAAUCGUUUUAAUUCAGGCCCCUUUUGAGUUUGCAAGCCAAUCUUUCUUUCUGCGUGUUUGCAAAGCUGGGUUGUCUGUCCCAAGCAGUGAGCCACACCACUGUUUUCUAUAACACAGUGUGGAGCUGGGGGAACACAGCAGGCCAGGCAGCAUCAGAGGAGCAGGAAAGUCGAUGUCUUGGGU